GUGAAGGACCGCCCUCCUAGGCUGUUGCCGAGCGACAGGGGAAGCCUCGGUCUCGCCUUCAAGUCAGCUUCUCUUAGCAGCUUGCUAACUGACUUUUAGAUCUACGCUAUUUCUCCCUGAUUAGCAAAAGCAAUGGAAGUGACGAUGGACCCAUUGUUUCUGGCGUGGAGCUAUUUCAGGAGGCGGAAACUCCAACAAUGUUCUGAUAUUUGUACGAAAAUAUUACAAGACAACCCAUACGACCAGGACUCAUCUUUGCUAAUCUCAGAGGCUGCAUGGAGCUUGAAAACCCGUGCUCUUACAGAGAUGGUUUACAUAGAUGAAAUCGAGGUUGACCAGGAGGGGAUUGCUGAGAUGAUGCUGGAUGAAAGCUCUAUUGCUCAAGUUGCACGACCUGGUACAUCACUGAGACUUCCUGGAACAUGUCAUGGUGGAGGUCCCACACCAGCUGUCAGGCCCAUGACACAAUCAGGACGCCCAAUAACAGGAUUUGUGAGACCCAGCACACAGUCCGGGCGCCCUGGGACAAUGGAGCAGGCCAUCAAAACCCCACGUACUGCAAGCACAGCUCGUCCUGUCACCGCUUCUUCUGGUAGAUUCAUUCGUCUGGGGACAGCUUCAAUGCUAACAAAUCCCGAAGGACCAUUUAUAAACUUGUCUAGACUAAAUCUGGCCAAGUAUUCCCAAAAACCCAAUUUAUCCAGGACAUUAUUUGAGUACAUCUUCCAUCAUGAAAAUGAUGUGAAAAAUGCUUUGGAUUUAGCUGCUCAAGCUACUGAACAUGCACAGUUCAAAGACUGGUGGUGGAAAGUUCAGCUGGGAAAAUGCUACUACAGGCUUGGUUUAUAUAGAGAAGCAGAAAAACAGUUUCGAUCAGCUCUCAACCACCAAGAGAUGGUAGAUACGUAUCUCUAUCUCGCAAAGGUUUAUCAGCGUAUGGAUCAGCCAAUAACGGCUCUCAGUCUUUUCAAGCAAGGCCUGGACCACUUCCCUGGAGAGGUUACCCUUCUAACAGGAAUAGCUCGUAUCCAUGAGGAGAUGAACAACAUUUCAUCAGCGACAGAGUACUAUAAAGACGUCCUGAAGCAGGACAACACUCACGUGGAGGCCAUAGCCUGCAUAGGCAGCAAUCACUUCUAUACAGAUCAGCCUGAGAUUGCUCUGCGCUUCUAUAGACGGCUGCUCCAGAUGGGAGUGUAUAAUUGCCAACUGUACAACAACCUGGGCCUGUGCUGUUUCUACGCCCAGCAGUACGAUAUGACUCUGUCCUCGUUUGAGAGGGCUCUGGCCCUGGUGGCCAAUGAUGAAGAGCAGGCUGAUGUCUGGUACAACAUAGGACACGUGGCUGUUGGAAUAGGGGACUUGACUCUGGCCUAUCAGUGCUUUAAACUGACUUUGGCAUUUAAUAAUGACCAUGCUGAAGCUUAUAACAACCUGGCUGUGCUGGAGCUGCGAAAAGGUCACAUUGAACAGUCUAAAGGCUUCCUUCAGACUGCUGCAUCACUGGCCCCCCAUAUGUACGAGCCACACUUCAAUCUCUCCAUUCUCUCUGAAAAGCUUGGGGACCUUCAGAGCAGCUACAGUGCAGCCCAAAAAUCUGAGGACGCUUUCCCAGAACACGUCGACACUCAGCAGCUUCUCAAGCAACUUCGACAGCACUUUGCAGUGCUGUGAGGGACCACAGCACUGCAAACGACCGG